AUGUACUACAUGGCCAUUGCAACUAUGUCUUCGGUUCAGUGUUUGAGAAAGUUUGUCAACGAGCGGCUAACCGCUGCUACUGACGAAAUAUUCAGAGUCUUUGAAAAAACGAUCGCUGAGUACGAGGAGGAGAUCGAUCGCCAGCGCAGACUGUUGGAAAUCGUUUGGAAACCUGAAAUAAGGAUUCGCAGGAUAGAGCUCUCUAAGGAGGGGGAGGUUCGUGGUCACCAGCAGCUCUGUAACCAGGAGAGGAACUCCAGUCUGGACCAAAAGGAUCCAGAACUUCCACAGAUUAAAGAGGAACAGGAGGAGCUCUGCACCAGUCAGGAAGGAGAGCAGCCUCUAAUGAAGCAAGAGACAGAUAUGUUGACUCCUAUACAUGAGGAAAAAGACCACAGUGAAGAUCAGAAUAUGUACAUGAACACUGAUGAAUCUCAGAGUGCAGCAGAGGAAGAGUCUGUAGUCAGCAAACUGGUUGUACUAAGCUCUGUGGUACUGGAACCAAGCAGGGACCACCAGCUUCUCUCUCACAACUCUCAGUCAGCUGAGAGCCAAGAUCAUGGAGCAGGCAAGCAUGGAGACUCAACCUCAGCUAAAACUGCAGAGCCAGAACCACAGAGGAGUCAUAACAAGAGUCAAACUAACAACUUUAUCAACGAGAUUUGGUGUAACAUUCACACAGAUAAAAUGCCUUUCAAAUGUGACACAUGUGGAAAAACCUUUCAGUAUGAGUCCAAACUGAAUACACACUUGAGAAUCCACACAGGUGAGAGGCCGUAUUUGUGCAACACCUGUGGGAAAAGAUUCAGGCAGACGUCAGCGCUGAAUGUUCACGUAAGAACCCACACAGAUGAGAAGCCAUAUUCUUGCAGCACUUGUGGGAAAAGAUUCAAACAGUCAUCAACACUGAACGUUCACAUAAAAACCCACAGUGGUGAGAAACCGUAUUUCUGCAACACCUGUGGGAAAAGAUUCAAGAGGAAAUCGUCACUGAGAGACCAUUUAAGAAACCACACAGGUGGCGGACCUUAUUGUUGCAACACCUGUGGGAAAAGAUUCAAAAAGAUGUUGGCACUGAAUGUUCAUAUAAGAACCCACACAGAGCUCCCAAAGCAUAAGGAGGAGGAGAUUCUCACUGAUCAGCAACUCUGUAACCAGGGGAGGGACUCCAGUCUGGACCCAGAUUAAAGAGGAGCAGGAAGAACUCUGUGCAAGUCAGGAAGGAGAGCAACUUGUACUGGAACAGGAGAAUGAAUCUUUUAAAUUGAGUCCUACUUGUGAUGGAAGUGACCACAGCAAAGAUCA